AUGACCUCGUCACCGGAAACGCCAGUGCUUCGUAGGCCGAACGGCCGCCCUCAGGCGUGCGAGCCGUGCCGGAAGCGCAAGGUGGCCUGCGACCAUAGUCAGCCCACCUGCAACCGGUGCGUGAAGCGGAGACAAGGAGACGACUGCGUCUACGUCGUCUCGUCGGCACAGACGCCAGCAGCAGCGGCAGCGGCAGCGAUAUCAAGAGAUACACUCCCCUCCCCAGUGUCAACGGCAGCCAUCCCAAGGGACUUACUGCCGUCCCCGGUGCCAACCCGCUCGUCAGUCCAGCGCGGUUCCAAUGGGAGGCCCGCCGGGAAGGUGCCCGAUGCAAACGCGGACGAGCAUGCGUUAAGCAUGACAUCCGUAAAACAUGGCUACCUCGGCUUCACCAGCUACACCACCGUCUACGAAGAGACCCAGGACAGCCUGUCGCGCCUGCAAGGGUCCGGCGCGACCCAAUCACUGACGUCCCCGGGGAGCACGAGCCGUGAAGCCUCCGUCACAGACCGACCGCGGAAGCUCUCGCCCAAGACGCGCGACAUGUGUCUCACGGUGCUACGCAACGUGCCGGACGAGAUGAACGGCCGGCUGUUCUUCCGCGGCCGCCACGUCCUCCGCGGCCGUCCGUACGAGUCCUGGAUCUAUUAUCUCACCAGGAAGGUGACCGACUUGUUCUACGACCACUUCGGCCACUACUUCGAGUCGGACCGCAACGACGCCGACCUGGAGGAGCUUCUGCCCAUCCUGUGCGACAACACGGCCAAGCCCUUCUCCGACGACGAGGCCAUGCCGGACCGCUGGCUGGACCAGUUCACGGGGAAGAAUAUCCGCUGGGAAACCCUGGGCCUGAUCUUCUGCCUUUGGGACUUCAAUGCCAAGACCAUGGCGAUACGGAAGAGCUACACGCAGGACGAGUACGGCUGCUCCCCCACCCCUGUCACGAGGGAGUGUCUCGGCUUGUGCAUUGAGCUGUGCCGAGACUUCUCUGCAGCUAAUUCUUUACUCCUAAACAUGCUUCUCAGGCGCUCGGUGUACGAGUCGAUGUUCGCCGGCGACGCGAGUCUCAAAGCGUGGACUUAUCACGCAGACAGCGUAGCCCUGCUCACCUUCCUCGGCUACCACGCGCUUGGAGACACGGGGCCGUACCGUCCGACCACGACGUCCGAGUUCAAGAGACGGCUGUACUGGAACAUAUACACAGUCGACAUGGUGUUCGUGUCCUUCACGGGCAGACCCCCUUUGAUGAGUCGGCGCUUCGCAUCCACGCCGCGGUUUUUGGACUUCAGGAACGACGACCUGUUCUCCGACCCGGAUACGCUCUCCAGAGCUAGGGAGAAACUGGAUGCGAACGGCUGGAAUACGGAUGGGGUCCUCUACUCCGGCAGUCCGAUUCGUGCGCGGUCCAUGCUAGCAGUGAUCCGCGAGGAGAUCUUCGAGCUCGCACUCGGACAUGCCCAAGCCACGUCCAUCGAGACGCUUCUCGAGAUCCGCGACCGGGAGAUCCAGACGUUCGAGGCCUUCCCCGACUUCCUGCACUACCACGCCGGCGACCUCGAGGACCCAGCCGUCGUGGUCGGCGAUCUGGGCUCGCGCACGCUGCUGCGCCUGGAGCACCUACAGAACCUGUUUUUCGUCGAGCGACUGCUGCUGCGUCACGGACACACGCAGAGCGAUAUUCUGGCCGUCAGCUACGAGCUGGUGACCUUUACGCUCCCAUUCUGGACGCACCAGGACCGUCUCAUCGAUGCGCGAGCCGAUUGCGAGUGGUUGGUAAUGGCCUACGCCGUCCCCGGCGGCGGCAUCCUCUGCCAAGAGCUCCUACAACCAACGCCACUAUACCGCCGCCGCCCAUCCAACUCAUCCAACUCACCUACCGCCACCACCCCCACCAUAACCCGCUCAGCCAUAAUCCAAAAACUCAGCCUCCUAGUCGGCUUCCUCGACUGGAUCAAGCCGACGGCGCCAAACGGCAAUCUCUGCGGCGACGCCAAGACCAUCAUCCAGCACGUGCUGGACCAGGCGCUGAGCAGCGCGCCCCCCGGGCCCCACCACCCCGCCUCGAUAUCAACGUCGACGCCGCCGGCCGCCGCCGCCGCUCCUACCUUCGACUGGGACUUCUCGGGCCAGGUCGACUUCGACUUCGACCUGCUCGACACUUUCGCCUGGACGCGGCCCGAGGUGGUGUGUUCGUGUCCUGCUUACUGUGUUAAGCACCAGCAAGGGGUGUAA